UAAAUCCACAACCACCCACACACGUAAAAGGUAGCAGCAACAGCAGUAGUAUUAGUUAGACUAGAACUGAAUUAGUUAGUUCCUUGAGCAUUAUCCUGAGUUAAGAAUGGGGAAUGCCUUGGGGGGAAAGAAAACGACAAAAGUGAUGAAAAUCGACGGAGAGACCAUGAAGCUGAAGACUCCGGUGAGGGCAGGGGAGGUGUUGAGGGAGCACCCGGGGCUGGUCCUGCUGGAGUCGGAGGCGGUGAGGCAUUACGGGAUAAGGGCGAAGCCGGUGGCGCCGGAGGAGGAGCUGCGGGCCAAGAGGCUUUACUUUCUGGUGGAGCUGCCGUGGGAGGCGGCGGUGCCCGCGCGGAGGGUGAGGUCGGGGAUCAACAUGAGCGCCAAGGACAGGCUGGAGAGCCUCGUGCUGGCUCGGCGGUCGGCCUCCGACCUCACCCUCAUGAAGGCGGCGCCGCCGGAGAACGGAGGGCUGAGGCUGAAGAUGAGGCUGCCCAAGGCCCAGGUUGAGAGCCUCAUGCAAGGCUGCGCCACCGAGGCUGAGGCCGCCCACAAGAUUAUGGGACUCUGCAUGGCCAAUGGCGCCCUUCAGAGUCACUGCCAACCCACAGCUGGGGAAACUUCCAAGCCACGUCAGAAAAGGGUGAGUUUUAUGCCAAUCAGUGAAGGAGGGAGCACAAUAGCUGUGGCUUCGUGACUAGUUAUUUACAUUAUUAGCCUUGAAAACACAGCGAAGCCUUCAGUGUUGGUGCUAGCCGGGGAGAGUAUCUCACAAAAGGAAUGAGCUUCCUGGUGCUUAGUUAAAUAUAUAAGAGUGAUGUUGUUUACAUUUUCCACUAUAUAUUUAUGAGUCACAAAACGGUUGCAAUAAUUAUAUGGGUGUUUGCUUAUAUUAGUUUCACUCAACAGUAAAAUGUAGUUCAGGUACCUUAGUUGUGAAUAACUGUGAACUUAAUAACAUUAUUCCCUAAAUGAUAUGUACAUUAUUGGGAGAACCAUAAGGGUAGAGAAAGAAAAAAAAUAUAUUAGGUAGGCCUUCACUAAGUGUUUAUACUACCAACUAAUCUUUACAUAUAUGUAUUUAAAUUUUUCGAUUUACAAAAA